AUGACUCAUGGCACGGGGGCACCCUUUGGACUCUGUGAGCCCUUACCACACAGACUGGGGAAACAGCCAAAGCCAGUGACCCUGUCAGCAGCCCCCAGAUACCUGCAGGUGGCUGGAGCGUGCAAUGAACCACUAGCUGCCCCUGCCCGACCCUCUCAGGUUUUCUGGAUGCUUAACUCUGGAUAUUUCAGCGACUCCUGCUGCAGUCACCCCCUGAGCACUCCUGCAGAACUGGAGGAGAAAGAUGCCCUGGGAGUGAGACAUGCGGCCUGCAGGUGCCUGCAGGCUGAGCUGGGCAUCCCCCCUGAUCAGAUUUCUCCAGAUGACAUUGUAUUUAUGACCAUAUAUCAUCACAGAGCCAAAUCAGAUAGAAUUUGGGGAGAUCAUGAAAUUUGUUAUCUUCUGCUCGUGAGAAAGGAUGUUACUGUUAAUCCAGACCCCAGCGAGGCAAAGAGCUACCAGUACAUGACCCAGGAGGAGCUGGAAGAUCUCCUGGAGAGAGAUGCCAGGGGAGAAGCAAAGGUCACCCCUUGGCUGAGAAGCAUCGCUGAGAAGUUUUUGUUCAAGUGGUGGCCUCACCUCGAUGAGUUGGCCCCAUUUAUGGAGCAUCACAGGAUACACAGAGUGUGA